GCAAAGGGAGGCCUAGUGUCGAGGCUACUGCUACCAAGCGUGCUAGCUAACUAGCUAGUAAUCUAGGGCAGAUGUAAAGAUUUUCUAACGUGGUAAGAAGACGUAGUACGCGUACGCGCUAUUGGACACUCGAGGCCGGUAAGUCGUCCGCAAAUUCUUUGUAUUGGAGCUCUGUAUUCAAAGCGAGAAAGUUUAUGUGUCGUACUGGACACUCGAGGUAAGCUCUCGUUUGUUCGUUGCAGUAGGGUAGGUGUACCUAAUUGUGGACACUCCCCAGUAAUUUGAGUUACAAUCGCUGUUUUCUCUGGUAGAAUGCACAAAGAGACAGGGAAACAUGUAUGAUAUACGCACCAAUGUCUAGGCUUCGUAACGGUACUGUUCCUGUACGACUAGAAUCGCACAACGUCAGCUAACGCACUAGCACAAUAUACGGGAUAACGUAUGUAACCAGCGAACUUGUUUGAUCACGUGACUAGACUAGAUUAGAAUUAGACAUGGUGUUUGGUAUCGUGUUUGCUCCCCUCAACGUUCCUCUUCACCGUCGGAUUCAAACGCUAGCGACGGUAUUUGCCGUCUCUACGUUUUUUCUAGGCCACGUUUUGCCUUGGCUCUUCAUUGUCGUUGGUCUCGUCUGUCUCCCUGGCUGCGCUCCACUUCUCAUCACUUAUCUCUUCUGGAUAUACGUCUGGGACAGAGACACACCUAGCAGAGGAGGCAGACACUUCACCAUCAUUCGCAAGUUGCCUAUUUGGAACUAUUUCCGAGAUUAUUUUCCAGUCCAGUUGGUCAGAACUGUCGCCUUACCGCCUGACAACAAUUACGUCUUCUGCUGCCAUCCUCAUGGAGUAAUCAGUGUUGGUCACUUCACAGCGUUUGGUACGGAAGCUGUAGGGUUUAGCAGCCUCUUCCCGGGAAUAACUCCCCACCUGCUAACCCUCGACAUGAACUUCAGAGCGCCCCUUUUACGGGACUUUCUCAUGGCCCACGGGAUAUGUGCGUGCAACAAGGAAAGCUGCUUGAACUGUUUGCAGUUGGGACGAGGUCAUUCUAUUGCUAUCAUCAUAGGUGGUGCAGCAGAGUCGUUGGAGGCUCGACCAGAGUCAACAACUGUUGUUCUCAAAAGGAGAAAGGGUUUCAUCAAACUUGCUCUACAAACUGGGGCAUCCCUGGUUCCCGUCUUUGCCUUUGGUGAGAAUGACUUGUUCAAGCAAGUCAGCAAUCCACCCGGUUCUUUGCUAAGAAGGGUCCAAACAAGAUUCAAGGAUACGAUGGGGUUUGCCCCUCCUAUAUUCUAUGGCCGCGGUAUCUUCAACUACUCCAUGGGCCUACUACCACACAGACAUCCUGUUUACGUUGUUGUUGGUAAGCCACUUGCUGUGGAAAAGGUUGAAAAUCCAAACAGCGAUCUAGUAGACGAAAUUCAUGAACAGUAUACAAAGAGCCUCCGGGAACUGUUUGAAAGUCACAAAACACAGUAUGGUUUAGAUGACUCUGCACAACUUGUCAUUGUAUGACAGAGUGAUACAUAAACUUGAAUCAAUCGACAAUCAAUGGUCACUGCAGGUAUAAAGUUGUUUACUGCUGCUUAAAAUCCUCUUUGAAUUAGAGGGCAAAUGUAAAUGGUUGAAAGAACAUCAAUGGCUGUUGCAGCAAGAGCUUUUGCA